UCUCUCUCUCUCUCUCUCUCUCUCUCUCUCCCCUUAUCCUCGCCUCUGCUGAACCCGCAACCACCUCCUCCUCUCUCUCCUCUUCCCUCUUUCUCUCUCUGCUAUACACACAUAUAUACAUAUAUAUAUAACGAUGUCUUGUGCAACAAAUUCUAUAUUCAAGCCUUUAGGAAUGGCCAACAGUUGCCUAAUUUCACUCCCAACAAUCUUCGGUACGAAAGCUUCAUACCCAUUUCUCUCAAUCCCAUCCAAGCCCAUCAAACUCCACCUCGCUUCCGCUCACUCCCCUUCACUACCUUCAUCUUUCUCUCUCGUUCAGAAGACCCGGUUCCCGAACGUGGUCGCCUUCGUCGCCGAAACCUCCGGCUGGGCUCAGGAAGACAAAACUGCCGUUAUUGAAGAAGAAGAAGAGGUCAGCUGGGAAAACAGUGAUGUGGGUGAGAGUGGCGAUUGGGAAGGCGGAAGCGAAGAUGAAGCAGGGGCGGUGGUGGAGGCGGUUGGGGAUGCCACAGAGAGUGGCGGAGAAGAAGAGUUUGUGGAGCCACCUGAAGAGGCAAAGGUCUUCGUUGGGAACUUGCCAUAUGAUGUUGAUAGUGAGAAAUUGGCUGAGAUUUUCAAUCAGGCGGGUGUUGUUGAGAUUGCAGAGGUUAUUUACAAUAGGGAAACUGAUCGGAGUCGUGGGUUUGCAUUCGUGACUAUGAAUACUGUUGAAGAAGCUGAGAAAGCUGUGGAUAUGUUCCACCGUUUUGAUUUAGAUGGAAGGCUCUUGACUGUAAACAAGGCUGCUCCGAGAGGAUCACGGCCCGAACGCCCUCCUCGUGUUUCUGAACCUUCUUACAGAAUCUAUGUUGGUAAUCUGCCCUGGGAUGUGGACAAUGGACGCCUUGAGCAGGUUUUCAGUGAACACGGUAAGGUGGUGGAUGCUCGGGUAGUUUAUGACAGGGAGAGUGGUCGUUCACGAGGUUUUGGCUUUGUAACAAUGUCGACUGAGGCUGAAUUAAAUGAUGCCAUCGCCAAUCUUGAUGGGCAGAGUUUGAGUGGGAGGGCAAUCAGAGUAAAUGCUGCUGAAGAAAGACCAAGGCGUUCCUUUUGACUUGAAAUGAGAUGAUGACCGAGUACACUGCUGGUAGUUUAUUUCUUCUAUAGUGAGUUUUGUAGUGGCAACAUUUCUGUUGGCUAUUGUUGCUCGAGUUGGUAAAAAGAUAAUGGAUUAUGAUCAUCUCUCCCCAGAAGUUACAAAGCCAACUAUUUUUUUCAGGUUUUGAUUUUUCUUUUUCUGCUGUGAAUCUGAGAUUGAAACUACACAUUUGGUUGUAGAACUUACUGAAAGAAUCUGUCAGAAAUCAAGUUUGUGUGCCCUCCUUUUUUGUGCU